CUGGAAGGGGUUACGCCAUUGACUCCUUGCGUAACUGACUUUGAGGAAUAGGAAGAGCGUUGCUCCCCUCCCUCCCCUCCUCGCGCUGGGGCUGUCGGAGCAAAGGGCGCUACGCGGCUUUCGUACGCGCCGCGCCGCGCGGAGAAGCGUCUCGCCGAGCCGGUUCGGGGCGUAGUUGGCUUCCGCGAAUAAGCGUAGGCAUUUUUCGAGGGCCGCAGUUUGCGCAGCGCCGGACCGCCCGUAACGUAAGCGAAGCGGGUUGGGGCGGCGGCGGCCAUUUUGUGCCGGGAGCCCGGAGGAAGAAGACGCGAGUGUCUCCACACGGCACGGGCCCUGGAGCCGACCGAGAGCCCCGCCGUUCCCUCCGCCGACGUCCAGCGGGUCUCGGACCCACUGACCAAUUCUUCUCCUUUUGUGUCCCACCCAAGAGGCGAGGUGGCGCAAAGCGAUUCCUCCGAGACGCAGCCGCCCCUGGCUGGCCCGUCUCCCCGUACCCCCAGUCCCUCGCCGUCGCCACGGCCGGCGUUCCGCUGCCUCUCUCCCACCCCCCCGGGUGCGAUGAGGGGCUUCGGGGACCGGGGGCGCGACCGAGACCGCGGCGGCUUUGGAGCAAGUCGUGGAGGUCCUCUUCCUCCAAAGAAAUUUGGUAAUCCGGGGGAACGCUUACGUAAGAAAAAAUGGGAUUUAAAUGAGCUGCCCAAGUUUGAGAAGAAUUUUUAUGUGGAACAUCCAGAAGUGGCCAGGCUUACUCCGUAUGAAGUUGAAGAACUGAGAAGGAAGAAAGAGAUAACAAUUCGAGGAAUGGAGGGCUGCCCCAAGCCUGUGUUUGCCUUCCACCAGUGUAGCUUUCCACAGUAUGUGAUGGAUGCCUUGAUGGACCAGAAUUUCACAGAACCCACUCCAAUUCAGUGCCAAGGUUUUCCACUUGCUCUCAGUGGUCGUGAUAUGGUGGGCAUUGCACAGACUGGCUCUGGGAAGACACUAGCGUACUUGUUGCCUGCGAUCGUUCACAUCAACCACCAGCCAUAUUUGGAGAGAGGGGAUGGCCCAAUUUGCUUGGUUCUAGCACCUACCAGAGAGUUGGCCCAGCAAGUGCAGCAAGUGGCUGAUGAUUAUGGCAAAUGUUCAAGGCUGAAGAGUACCUGCAUAUAUGGAGGAGCACCCAAAGGUCCCCAGAUCAGAGAUCUAGAAAGAGGUGUGGAGAUCUGCAUUGCUACACCGGGUCGCUUGAUUGACUUCCUUGAGGCAGGAAAGACCAACCUUCGUCGGUGUACGUACCUUGUGCUGGAUGAAGCAGACAGAAUGUUGGACAUGGGAUUUGAACCCCAAAUUCGGAAAAUUGUUGACCAGAUAAGGCCUGACAGACAGACUCUGAUGUGGAGUGCCACCUGGCCAAAAGAAGUGCGCCAGCUUGCCGAGGACUUCCUGCAGGACUAUGUUCAGAUCAACGUGGGGAACUUGGAGCUGAGUGCCAACCACAAUAUCCUGCAGAUAGUGGACGUAUGCAUGGAAAGCGAGAAAGACCAUAAACUGAUACAACUGAUGGAAGAAAUCAUGGCAGAGAAGGAGAAUAAAACCAUCAUCUUUGUGGAGACAAAGAGGCGAUGUGAUGAUCUCACUCGAAGGAUGCGCAGAGAUGGUUGGCCAGCUAUGUGUAUCCAUGGAGACAAGAGUCAGCCGGAAAGAGAUUGGGUGCUUAAUGAGUUUCGUUCUGGAAAGGCUCCUAUCCUCAUUGCUACCGACGUUGCAUCUCGUGGGCUAGACGUGGAAGAUGUUAAAUUUGUGAUAAACUACGACUAUCCGAACAGCUCUGAAGAUUACGUGCACCGUAUUGGCCGUACCGCACGUAGUACCAACAAAGGUACUGCGUACACGUUCUUCACACCGGGAAACCUGAAACAAGCCAGGGAGCUUAUCAAAGUGUUGGAAGAAGCCAAUCAAGCCAUCAAUCCAAAGCUGAUGCAGCUUGUGGACCACAGAGGAGGAGGAGGUGGUGGUGGAGGAGGCCGUUCUCGUUACCGAACGAGCAGUUCAGUAAACAACCCUAACCUGAUGUACCAGGAAGAGUGUGACAGGAGGCUCCGGGGAGUGAAAGAGGGCCGGAGAGACUCAGGUGGCUUCAGAGACCGUGAGCGUGGUGACAGUUAUGCCAACGGAGCCAACAAGACCUAUGGCAGUGCCUACGGGAGCCCAAAUUCCGCUUUUGGGGCAGCACAGAGCCAGUAUGGUUACACUCAAGGGAGCUAUGGAGCAGCUGCCUAUGGCACGAGUGGCUAUGGCACUGCAGAGUACAGUGCUAGUGGCUAUGGUGCCAGCACCACAGCUGCCACCGCUGGGAGAACCUCACAGAGCACUACCCAACAGCAGUAUGCAGGGAUGGUGGGGCGCUCGGGCCAGCAGCCACAGCCGCUCAUGUCACAACAGUUUCCUCAGCCCCCUGCCACUAACGUGAUGGGCUAUAUGGGACAGACUGCCACCUACCAGUAUCCGCCCCCUCCCCCGCCCCCGCCCCCCUCACGCAAAUGAGACCACUCGCCUGCUGGUGACCAGUGUAGACCUCUUGCAUUUAAAGGAACCUUUUCUUUCUCUUCUUUCCCAUUGUGGUGUCUCUCUCAUGCAGGUUAGGCUUAGAAUUCACCAUUCAAAUCCCUUGAGCCCAUCAAAAAUGGCCCCCAGUCCACAUUACUGACCCUGUCCUUUUUUUUUCCUUUUUUUUUUUUAAGAGAUAUAUAUAGUUGACUGGAAAAUUUAUUAUUUUUUGUCUUGCAUGUUGAGGAAAUUGGAAAUUUUAUUUUCUCUAAAAGAAAUGGGUAUAAGGCAGAUAGGUCCCAGCUCGAUCAUCUUGGUGUCUAAGGUUUGUGUUAAUACUUGCUUUGAGGGGAGGAAGUUUCUAUUCUGUAAUACGUUAACUUAAUUUCAGGAAGUAUCCAGAGAGGUGGGAAACUUUGGGGAGCCAAAACGCAGUUCAUUUAACAUGAUAAACGCAAGGGAGCAACGCUCACUUUUCCUAAUCUUAAUUUUAUUUUUUAAUAGCUCGCUAUCGUUGCUUGUAAUCUAUCAUAGGUAACUUUCUAUAGGAAAACUCUGCUCAUUUGUCUCGGUGGGGCGGUGUUCUGAGUAAUGACCCACGUGGGUUGUUGGCAUUUCCUGCAGCUCUGGAAGCAGCAGUCCACCUUCUGGUACCUGUAGCAGGGAAGUUGGGAUUAAAACCCCGGCGUUGGUGACCAAACCUGUCUUGGAUUCAGUACCUGAAAGCUAAAUGCAGUCACUGCAGGUGUUGCUGCUGUAAUGUUUGGCCAAAUAAGUUCUUGCCCUACAAUCGUUAAACUGCAACAUUGUAAGUGCAUGCAACCUCCUUACUCCAGCUAGUUUCUGCUCUCAAGUUCCUACUGUUGGGUUUAUUGAGAUGAGUCUUAUUUGAGAGCCCAGAAACUAAACCGAACGGAGAUUGUGAACAGCGAGUCUCGUUUGUCUGUCCUUCGUGAACAAACUACGUGUUGCCACGGGGAGUGUUCUGAAUGCCACUACGCUGAACAAAAUGUGACAGAGUUUUCUGCACUUAAGAGGUUUGAAUAGGGUGGGCUGAGGGGCGGGGGGGCGGGGGGCAUAAGGGGAGGAAGGGAGGAGGAGGAGGAGAUUGCCUGGAAUCUCCUUUCCAUGAGGUAAGGAGCGAGCUGGUUAGUGCAUCUUAAUUCUGAAGCUUUCUUUCUUUUGUACCUUGCUCUGACUAUUGCUUUUCCUGGCUUUUGAGUGCAUUUCCCCGUUCCAUUGGUCCCUUUGAGCUCAGCUCUUGCAGGUAGGUAGCAUUUUAGAAAAUGUUAGAGAAGAGUGGAAUUUUAGUAAAUACGUAAAUAAAAAAUGUUUAUUUUACAGGCUAAGGUGGGUGUGAGGGGUUUUCCCCUUUAGUAAAGCAUGUUGUCGACUUGUUACUUCUAAUACCAGACGGUUCAGAGACAGUAGAUGAUAAUAGGAGUUGGCUGCUCUCGAUCUAAGAAUGUGACAAAAGAAUGGAUACAUCUCCUGGUUUGUGAGGCAUAAUCUUUGCAUUAUGAGAGUGCAGGUUGUUUUCUUUCCUUUUUUUUUUUUCUGUUGGCGUUCUUGCAUAUGGAUGAGCAAGGCAGCCCACCCCUUCUGUAGCAGAGUGGAACUUCUUAUAGCCCAGGAAAAGAGCUUGCUUAUACAGAAAUGAUUUUUUUUUUUUUUAAUUCCCAGAGUAUAAUUUUGGGGGAUGAAUGCACAUUUUUUUGUGCAGUACACAGGUAGGUUGCUGACAAGGAGAGAAAAGGGAGAGAUUUUUCAGAACCUUGUUUCCCUCGUCCCAUCUCAAAUUCCAUUGCUUGGGAAGGAAAUUUCUUUGCUUGUGUUAAGUGAAAGCCAGAAACAUUUCAUUUAUCCAGGCACUGACUGAUCUGUCUUUGGCCUCCCUCACAAGCAAGUGUAGAGCUAUAUUUUAUUUUUACCUUUUUAAAAAAAUUUAUGAAUUUGAUGCAGAAAUGUGUUUGAGGGGUGUAGGAGUAGGACAUCUUGCUGACUGGCUUUAAAAAGGGUCUCUGGACCACCAAAGCUGCCUUAUAGUCUGCCAUAGCUUUCACUUCUUUUUGGGGGGGACUUGUGCACAUGUAAACGUAACAUGCCAAGUCUUGCAGUGCUUUAUUGUCACUGAGGUCAGCUGAAGUCCAGGGUCUCAGUUCAGUUCAGAGUGUUAACCAAAUGUUGACUGCAUAAACGCACCGUGGCAUGUGCUGCCCCUGUCCCACCUGGUGCUCGCUGCUCUGUUCCAUAUACCAGCUGGAGGGCCCUUGUUGAUAAAGCAUUAGCGUCUAGUAGUGUUUGCAUUGUUUUCAAGCUGUAAAAGUUCUGUGGGAGUGUCAAACGACUUGGGUGUCUCCUCCCCUCCCACUUCCUGAAGAAAUUUACUGUUUGGACUUCUCUGAACAAUGGAAGGGUUAGUGGCUUUGUGUGGGAUCAGCAUCUUGCUUCACACUUGCUGGUCUCUGAACACAUUCCUGUUGUAUUAAUGAAGACUUGAAUUGAGAGAUUCAUAGAUCUGUGGUGUUCAGACACAGGAUACUAAGAGCUAUGUUACUAUUCUUAGUUUGUAAAUUGUCCUUUUGAUACCAUCUUGUUUUCUUUUGUAGGUAUAAAUAAAAACACUGUUGUCAAUAAAA